CACCAGCAGCUCCGACCUGAGCAGUCUUCCUGGGAAGAUGCAGCCACCCCUGCUCGUGCUCCUGCUGGCCUUUUUCCUACUCCCCUCGGCAGAGGCAGGGGAGAUCAUCGGGGGACAUGAAGCCAGGCCCCACUCCCGCCCCUACAUGGCCUAUCUUCGCAUUAAAGAUGAGAAGGAGUCUAUGUGUGGUGGUGUCCUUGUGAGAAAGAACUAUGUUCUGACAGCUGCUCACUGCAAAAGAAGGUUAAUCAAUGUCACCCUAGGGGCCCACAACAUUGAAACGAAGGAGAAGACCCAGCAGGUCAUUCCGGUAAAAAGAGUCAUCCCCCACCCAGACUAUAAUCCAAAGAACUACUCCAACGACAUCAUGUUACUACAGCUGGAGAGAAACAUCAAGCAAACUAAUGCUGUGAAGCCCCUCCGACUGCCCAGGGGCAAGAACAGGUUGAGACCUGGACAGAAGUGCACUGUGGCCGGCUGGGGGAAGGUCACCACAUGGGGCAAAUACUCAGACACUCUGCAGGAGGUGCAGCUAACCUUGCAGAAGGAUGGGGAGUGUGAAGGCCACUUACGCCGUUAUUACAACAGAACCAUUCAAGUGUGUGUGGGGGACCCAACAGAAAAUAAGGCUUCCUUCCAGGGGGACUCCGGGGGGCCUCUCCUGUGUAAAAAUGAGAUCCAGGGCAUUGUCUCCUAUGGACGCACUGAUGGGACACCGCCACGAGCCUUCACCAAAGUCGCCAGCUACCUUCCCUGGAUAAAGAAAACCAUGAAAAGCCUCCAACUGCAGGACCCAGACCAUCUUCUCUGGAGCUAA